AUGGGUGAGAAUUUUGAUAGGGCGAGGACUGAGAUGGGUGAGAAUUUUGAUAGGGCGAAGACUGAGAUGGGUGAGAAUUUUGAUAGGGCGAAGACUGAGAUGGGUGAGAAUUUUGAUAGGGCGAAGACUGAGAUGGAUAGGGUUAGGGUUAGGGUUAGAGCUGAGAUCGAUGAGGGAUUUGAUAGGGCUAUAGCUAUGGCUAAUAUGCCUCUCGAAGAGUUUGAUAGGAUUAGGACUAACAUGACUCGCCAAGAGUUUCGUCCCAAAAAGUUCUGCAUAAAAUCAUCUUUCAAAGCUUUUAAAGGAGUAUUGAGAACUGAAGGAAAUACUACUCCUUUGUUACAUGCAAAAGGGAUUGAUUUAGAUGGAUUUUCUAGGGAAUGGGCCAGUUUGAUGGCCAUCCAACUUCAAGUUUCGGAACUUUCGAUUUUCAAUUCUUAUAAAGAGGGCUUUUAUUUCAGAAGAGAUGGGAAGAAUAAAGAAUAUGCUAAAUUCUGUGGGGCUUUUCUGGGAUUGGCAAUUUCUAAAGAAUUGACGCUUGAUUGCAGGUUUAGUGGCCUUUUUUACCAUAUUUUGACAAGCGAUCCAAAAAAUAUUCAGCUUUCAUUGGAAGAUAUGAAAUUAAUCGACACUACUUUGUAUACGGGUUUCUCAAACUCAGAUUCUAAUCUUUUGAACGAACUUGAGGACUUCUAUAAAGAUGGCGAUGAUAAAAAAAAAUUGGAUUUUUUUAAAACUUUUAAGCGACAUUUAAUAGCUUCUUCUGAUGAAAAAAUAGGAACUCAUCUUCCUCGAGAGGAAAAUGGAGAAAUAUCUCGAUCUAUUGUGCUAACAAAUGAUGAAUUUAAUGCUCUCAAAGACGAACUGACACACGAAAUAUUCUAUUCUGCACUCGAAGAUACUAUUAAGCCGUUCCUCGACGGAUUAAAUAUGUUUAUUCCACCAGAGAAACUUCAACAAUUUAGAAUUGAGGAUUUACGAAAAAAAGUUGAAGGGGAGUUUUCAGAAAUUAACGAUAAAGCGUUUGAAAAAUGGAAAGCCAUUACUGUUUGGACAGAUUGCACGAACAGUGGAAUUGGAAUAAAAAAGAAAACCUGGAAAAAAAAGUUGAAGACACAAAAGGAUUGGUUUUGGGAGAUAGUUUAUGAAUUUUCAGAAAAAGAAAAGAGAGACCUCGUUCAAUUUUGGACAGGCUCUGGAAACAUUCCAGAAAACCUUGAAGUUAUUCACGGAGGCACAGUAAAUUGUCUUCCAAGUUCUCAUACCUGUGUUUUCACCCUAGAACUUCCCUAUUAUAAAAAUGAGGUUAAGGUUUCAGUGGAUGGCAUUGAGACCAUAAAGGGAGCUAAGGAAAUUAUGAAGGAAAUGAUACUUAAAUCCCURGAGCUUGGAUCUGGGUUUGAAUUUGUAUGA